AAUCCGGGGCAAUCCUCUGCCGGGCGAAACUCGGGGGCCCUGGGGUUCGAUCGAGGGUGCCGGUCCGCGCCUCGUCGCCAUGCCUCGCAAAAUUGAAGAGAUCAAGGACUUCCUGCUCACCGCGCGGCGAAAGGACGCCAAGUCUGUCAAGAUCAAGAAGAACAAGGAUAACGUGAAGUUCAAGGUGCGGUGCAGCAGGUACCUCUACACUUUGGUCAUCACCGACAAGGAAAAGGCCGAGAAGCUGAAGCAGUCUCUGCCCCCAGGUCUGGCAGUGAAGGAGCUGAAAUGAACCCAGCUGGCUAAUGCAAACUAUAAUAAAAAAGUUUUUUAAUCUUC